GUGGGAAUUAAUUUCGGAAGAAAAGAAGGAAUGUGAUAGCAUGGAAGGCUUUUACAGGCUUUAGAAUCUGUAUCUUGUGUUUAGAAAAGACGAAGGUUUUGGCGCGUUUCUCUUUAAAAGAAAGCUUAAAGUUCCUCAAGACCCCGUAGUUGAGAGAAACAACUUCUGAUUCUGUGCGCAAUGGCCACAAAACUAAGAUCCGUUAUGCUCUCUCUGGUUUCAUCAAUGCUGCUCCUUCUCGUGCAGAACCAUGCAGAGAUUCUGAUGGACACCACGGAGGCUCCGGCUGCUCAGCUAGGCAACAACACUAAUCACCUUCCCACUCGUGGCAUCACUGAAGGCAGUCUUCAACCACAAGAAUGUGGGCCAAGGUGCACACAGAGGUGCUCGAGAAUGCAAUACAAGAAGCCAUGCAUGUUCUUCUGCAAAAAGUGCUGUGCAAAAUGCUUGUGUGUGCCUCCUGGAACUUAUGGCAACAAGCAGGUGUGUCCUUGUUACGAUAACUGGAAGACCAAAAGGGGAGGACCCAAGUGCCCUUGAUCCUCUGCAAUCUCAUGCGCACAAUCUAAACCAGCAUCUUAU